AUGUACAUCCUCACCAUCGAAGCAGCCAAGCGCGCUAUUCAGGCCCAUUUUCCGAUGGUGAAUGAGCAGCUGGACAAUCCAGAGAACUUUCUGCGCAGCCAAUGUCGCGGGCACAGGGUCUGCCCGGCUGCAGCCCAACAGCACGGAUCCUUGGUCGACAGCGAUGUGCAGAUCCCACCGAAGGCGGCGAUCUUUAAAGAGGAGCCGGUGAUUCCGGACUGCCCAGUGCUGGCGAAGGGUGAGAUGUUGCUACCGGACCUCUUGGAUCCUGAAGCCAGCGAUCUAGGCUUCAGGGCUUAG